ACACCCAUAACAUCUGCUUUAAAGCAGAUGUGACCCUCCGUCCACAAUUGGAUUAGUAAGAUUUGGUAGUUUUUGCUAAUUUUUGACAUCAAAUGGAGCCUGUAAGCAGGGUGAAGUUGGUAGCUGUGAUUUGCUUAAUCCAGGUUCUGCAGUGUGGAAUUGGUGAGUCUCAGUCAUGUUCUCCUGGAUUCGGUUCUGAUCUUUUCCUAUUCAGAGUUCCCAGAGAACACCUGCAGGGGGGCACAAAGAUCGGCACAAUUGUUUUUAAUGACUGCAAUGGAGGAACACGUUUCAAGUUUACGGCGGAUGACGCACAGUAUCACGUCGACUCAGAUGGCACUGUGAAGCUGAGGAAACAGGCCAAUCUUCAUGAUGGCCAUAAGAUGUUCUCUGUCCAUGCUUGGGACUCCAGUGGAAAGAAACACACUGCCUUGGUCAGAGUGGAACAUCAGGGUGGAGAUGUUGAUGAGAUUGAGUCUGCACAGACCGACUUGCCCCCAGUUCUUCCAAUUCUUGUGUUUCCAAAAUCUUCAAAUGGGUUGAGGAGGCAAAAAAGAGGGUGGGUGAUUCCUCCAAUCAAAAUUUCAGAAAAUGAUAGAGGACCUUUCCCAAAGAAGAUUGCAGAUUAUUUCGGACUAUGGCAAAGAAACACAGAUGAUGUACAGAAUCACGGGUGAAGGAGCAGACCAGCCUCCAGUGGGACUUUUCACAAUAGACAAAAACACCGGUCAGCUUUAUGUCUCAAAGCCUCUAGACAGAGAACAAAAAGAUAUUUAUAAGCUGCAAGUGCAUGCCUGGUCCAAUGCUGAUGGCAUUAAAGAACCUUCCAUUGAGAUUAUAGUCGAGGUAAUUGACCAGAAUGACAACUCUCCUGUCUUCACCCAAGAUGUGUUUCCUGGCUUUGUACCAGAAACUGCAAAAAUAGGACUUGAGUUCAUGACCAUCACAGCCACUGAUGCAGAUGAUCCAGACACUGACAAUGCUGAUAUCAGGUACUCCAUCAUCAGUCAGACUCCAUCAGAGCCCAAUCCAAACAUGUUUGCUAUCAACCCCAUCACGGGAGCGAUCCGAGUGAACGCUGAAGGCCUGGACAGACAGAAAUAUCAUAAAUACACUCUUGAGAUUCAGGCAGCAGAUAUGCAGGGGGACGGUCGUCCAGUCAUUGCAAAAGCUGUUAUUACUGUGACAGACCAGACCUCGAAAUGGAAGAUUCCUCCAAUCAAUAUCCCGGAAAAUGACAGAGGACCAUUCCCUAAGCAGCUUGUACAGAUUAUUUCGGACUAUGGCAAAGAAACACAGAUGAUUUACAGAAUCACGGGUGAAGGAGCAGACCAGCCUCCAGUGGGACUUUUCACAAUAGACAAAAACACCGGUCAGCUUUAUGUCUCGAAGCCUCUAGACAGAGAACAAAAAGAUAUUUAUAAGCUGCAAGCGCAUGCCUGGUCCAAUGCUGAUGGCAUUAAAGAACCUUCCAUUGAGAUUAUAGUUAAAGUAAUUGACCUGAAUGACAACUCUCCUGCCUUCACCCAAGAUGUGUUUCCUGGCUUUGUACCAGAAACUGCAAAAAUAGGACUUGAGUUCAUGACCAUCACAGCCACUGAUGCAGAUGAUCCAGACACUGACAAUGCUGAUAUCAGGUACUCCAUCAUCAGUCAGACUCCAUCAGAGCCCAAUCCAAACAUGUUUGCUAUCAACCCCAUCACGGGAGCGAUCCGAGUGAACGCUGAAGGCCUGGACAGACAGAAAUAUCAUAAAUACACUCUUGAGAUUCAGGCAGCAGAUAUGCAGGGGGAUGGUCGUCCAGUCACUGCAAAAGCUGUUAUUACUGUAACAGACCAGACCUCGAAAUCGGAGAUUCCUCCAAUCAAUAUUCCAGAGAAUGACCGAGGACCAUUCCCUAAGCAGCUUGUACAGAUCAGGACCAGUCAUGCCAAAAACACCAGAGUGACAUACAGCAUCACUGGUAGUGGAGCAAACCUGCCUCCAGUGGGACUUUUUCUUAUGGACAAAAACACUGGAAUGCUCUAUUUAGCAAGAUCCCUAGACAGAGAGACAAGAGAUAAGUAUGAGCUUCAAGUUCAUGCCAUUGGUGACGAUAUGCAUGAUGAGUAUACGCAAAUUCUCAUCCAUGUAGUAGACCAAAAUGAUAAUAAGCCCAUCUUCAGCCAAGAUCCAUUUAUUGGCAGUGUGUCGGACAAGUCUAAAACAGGGCAUAAGUUCAUGACCAUCAGUGCCACCGAUGCAGACGAUCCGAAUACCAAUAACGCUGCUAUCAGAUACUCCAUCAUUAAUCAGACUCCACCAGAGCCAAGUCCAAACAUGUUUGAGAUAAACCCUGUUACUGGAGCGAUUGGAGUGAAUGCUGAAGGUCUGGACAAAGUGAAACAUUCGAAAUACAUCUUGAAGAUUCAGGCAGCAGAUAUGGAGGGUCAUGGCUUGUCAAGCACAGGAAAUGCUGUCAUUUUUGUAACUGACACAGAGGAUUCACCCCCAAGAAAAUGGGAAAUUUCUCAUAUCGGCAUCCCAGAGAAUGAGAGAGGACCUUUCCCUAAACAAAUUGCACAGAUUAAGUCCAGUCAUGCUAGCCAAGCUAAGAUCGUGUACAGUCUCACUGGUGAAGGAGCGAACCAGGAUCCUGUGGGGGUUUUCAUGGUGGAUAAAAUCAAUGGUUGGCUGUCUGUAACAACAUCUUUGGACAGAGAGAAAAAAAACGAAUAUGUGCUUCAGGUCCACUACACUGGUGAAGGUAUAAAUGAGCCUCCUACUGAAAUCACCAUCCGUGUGAUUGACCAGAACGAUAAUAAACCCAUCUUCACUCAAGAUCCAUUUCAAGGCACCGUACCACAAGCAUCCAAAAUAGGAUUUUUGGUGAUGACCAUCUCGGCGACAGAUGCAGACAAUCCUAAUACUGAAAACACAAAUAUCAGGUAUUCCAUCAUCAGUCAGGAUCCUUUGCUGCCACAUCCUAACAUGUUUGCGAUCGAUCCCAUCACAGGAGAGCUGAAAGUGAACGCUGAAGGAUUUGACAAAGAGAAAUAUCCUGAGUACACCUUGGAGAUUCAGGCAGCAGAUCUGCAGGGGAACGGCCUCCAAAGCACAGGAAAGACUGUUAUCACUGUAACCACUUAAGAAAUCCUGGGAGAAAGAGUGUUCUCCAGGAGAAGACCAGAUUUCCAUUCGGUUCAAACAGAUUUGAUGAACUCAGUCUCAUCUGCUGCAUCUCAUGUGGAAUAUAAAUGCUAAUAAGCUAAAGAUUAGCCAGUGCAAAACUAAAAGUUAGUUUAACAAUCGCUUUAACUACAUUAUGCGACUUAUAACUGAUAAAAAGAACAAUGCUUGGCCAUACGUUCCCUUUUUUCAUAUCUGUAAAAAUGUUGCUAUUAAAAGCUCUUAUGAUUUGCA